AUGCGCUUCUACACCGUCGCCAUCGCCCUCACCUGCGCCGCCACCACCGCCGUGGCCUCUGCCAUCCCCGGCAAGAGCACCCUCAUGGAGCGCCAGGUGACGCUGUGCUCCGGCGCCGACAGCUCGGCCGUGUGCUGCGCGACCGACGUGCUCGGUGUUGCCGACCUCGACUGUGCACCUCCCCCAUCCACUCCCACUAGCACCGAUGAUUUUACCAGCAUCUGCGCUUCCAUUGGCCAGCAGGCCCGUUGCUGUUUGUUGCCAAUUCUCGAGCAAGGCCUCAUCUGCACUUCCCCCGGGAAGUAG